AUGGUGACUUUGAACUGGAACAGAUGCUCAAAAUUAUUCAAAUGGUUCAUAAACAAAGGCUCACGUGUAACAGCUGUUAACUAUGAUAUCUUUAUUGUAAUUACAUUGAUAACUAUAACAAAUGAUGAACGACACCAGAAGAGACAAGAAGAGGCCCGUAACGGAUACGACACCCACGGUUCCUACUACGUCCUGCUUCCCGACGGCCGUGUGCAGAGGGUCGCUUACACUGUCAACGGAGACUUCGGUUACUGUCAUCUGUGCACUCGUUCUCAGGACUAUAUAAGCAUCCAGUGCUUGCUUAAAGGAAUCACAUCCUUCCAAAGUCUCAAGCACAAUGAAGGGGUUGGCAGUGAUCCUCGCGAGCCUCUGUUUCCUGGCGGUUUCGCUCGCCGUUCCCGAUCGGCUUGCCCCGCCCUACACACUGCCCCUACCCCAUCCUACUGCCCUACACCACUGCCCCUACCCCAACCUACCGGCCCUACACCACUGCCCCUCCCCCCAACCUACCGGCCCUACACCACUGCCCCUACCCCAACCUACCGGCCCUACACCACUGCCCCUCCCCCAACCUACCGGCCCUACACCACUGCCCCUCCCCCAUCCUACCGGCCCUACACCACUGCCCCUCCCCCAACAUACCUGCCCCCCACACCCCCAAAACCACCAACAUACUUGCCCACCACAACUACCAGGACCCCAUCCUAUACAUAUGGGCGAACAACAACAACAAAGCCGAAGUACUGGUUCGAGUGGACAGUAAACGACCAUUAUUCCGGUAACGAAUAUAACAUGAAGGAACACCGUGACGGAGAAAAGACCGAGGGAUUCUACAACGUUUUACUUCCUGACACGCGAGUCCAGAGAGUCACUUACACUGUCGACGGCGACUCCGGUUUCGUGGCUGAAGUUACUUACGAAGGAGAGGCGAAGGAACCCACACAUGGACACGCUUAUCUGCCUCCUACACCUCCUCCUUCCAUCUAUGGCGCUCCUCAUUAUUCUCGAUAAGCUUCUCUCAAUUAUUUAUUACUUAAUAUUCUAGCCUUAGCAAAAGUAACAUAUGAAUGGCAGACUAACAAUCAUCAAUGAUUUUCUGAUGUGACUAAAGAGCUGAAAUAAAGUAAUUGGCAGCUUAAAGCCAUAUGUACA